AUUGGCCAACUGAUCAAUUCGGAGGAUGCAGACAUCCUCUGCCUACAGGAGACAAAAUUGAAGGACAGCGAUGUUGCAGCAUGUGAGAAGCUUCUCCGGCCUGGCCUCCAGGAUUGGCAUUUCUACUUCAACAACUCCAUCGCGAAGAAGGGCUACUCUGGAGUUGCAGUGCUGUCAAGGGCGAAGCCCCUGAGCGUCACAAAUGGUUUGGGAAAGGAAGAUCAUGACCAGGAGGGCCGCGUCAUCACUGCAGAGUACCCAUCAUUCUACGUUGUCAAUGUGUACGUGCCCAACUCUGGAGAGGGCCUGAAGAGGUUGGAGUACAGGGUUGGCUCCUGGGACGUUGCCUUCGCUGACUACCUGGCCGGCUUGGGAGCAAAGAAGCCGGUCAUCCUCACUGGGGACCUAAACUGCGCUCACCAGGAGAUUGACAUACACGACCCGAAAAGGAAUCUGAAAUCUGCAGGGUUCACAGAGGAAGAGAGGAAGUCCUUCAGCGCGCAGCUGCUGCAGAGAGGCUUCAAGGACACCUUCAGAGAAAAGUACCCUGAUGUGGUUGGCUACACAUACUGGAACUACCGGACUGGAGCCCGAGUAAGAAAUCGGGGUUGGCGCUUGGAUUACUUUCUGGUGUCUGAGGCACUGGCAGAGAGGGUGCAUGACAUAUUCCACCUGCCAGAUGUGCAAGGCUCGGAUCACUGCCCCGUUGGCCUUGUCCUGCAUCGUGUUGGGGAGACCUGA